UGCGCCUUGCCGUUGGCUGCGUGGUUGCUAGGAAACCGCUAAGCCGCGGUCCAGGCUUCAAGUCUCUCCACCAUGGCCAAAUUCGUGAUUGCGGGUAGAGCAGAUUGUCCAUAUUAUGCUAAAACAGAACUUCUGGCAGACUAUUUACAAAAGAAUCUUCCUGAUUUUCGGAUACAUAAAAUCACACAACGUCCUGAGGUUUGGGAGGAUUGGCUAAAGGAUGUGUGUGAAAAGAAUAAGUGGAGUCACAAGAAUUCCCCCAUCAUCUGGAGAGAGCUGUUGGAUCGUGGAGGAAAGGGUUUGCUUUUGGGAGGAUAUAAUGAGUUCCUGGAGCAUGCCCAGCUUUACUAUGAUGUCACCUCUAGCAUGACGACUGAGCUGAUGAAGGUAAUUGCUCAAGAGAACCUGAGGACACACAUAGAAAAAGAGCAGGAGGAGGAAGCCCUGAAAACUUACGUCAACCCCUUGCAGGUCUGGAUCACCAGUGCUUCUACUCCUGCCUGCUACAACCUAAUUCCCAUAUUAACGAGCGGUGAAGUGUUUGGGAUGCAGACGGAAAUCAGCAUAACUCUAUUUGACAACAAGCAGGCUGAAGAACAUCUCAAAAGCCUAGUGAUGGAGACCCAGGACCUGGUGUCUCCGGUCCUGCGCAGCAUCUCCAUCUGUACGACGGUAGAAGAGGCCUUCCGCCAGGCCCAGGUCAUUGUGGUGCUGGACGACACCACCGACAAGGAGGUGUUCUCUCUGGAGGACUGCCUCCGAAGCAGGGUGCCUCUGUGCAGGCUCUACGGGUGCCUGAUAGAGAAAAAUGCUGAUGAGUCCGUCAGAGUCAUCGUGGGAGGGAAAACCUUCGUGAACCUGAAGACGGCUUUACUUAUGACAUAUGCCCCACGCGUCGCACGCAGCAUUAUCGCGGUGGCACUGGGGGUGGAAGGUGAAGCGAAAGCCACACUGGCCAGAAAACUGAAGACAACUCCCUCAUACAUUAAAGAUGUGAUAAUUUGGGGUAAUAUCAGUGGAAAUAAUUACGUUGAUCUGAGAAAAACAAAGGUAUACAGAUAUGAGAGUGCCAUUUGGGGACCUCUUCAUUAUUCACGCCCUCUUUUAAACUUGAUUUUUGACAGUGAGUGGGUAAAAAGAGAAUUUGUGGCAACUCUCAAAAACUUAACUGCCACAGGAAGACAAUUUGGAGGCAUUUUGGCUGCACACAGUAUAGCCACUACAUUGAAAUACUGGUACCAUGGCUCACCGCCUGGGGAGAUUGUAUCUUUAGGAAUAUUGAGUGAAGGCCAGUUUGGUAUUCCUGAAGGAAUCGUCUUUUCUAUGCCUGUGAAAUUUGAGAAUGGAACUUGGGUGGUUCUUACAGAUCUCAAAGAUAUCGAAAUAAGUGAACAAAUAAUGACCAGAAUGACAAGUGAUCUAAUUCAGGAGAAACUUGUUGCACUUGGAGACAAGAUACAUUUUCAGCCAUACCAAUCAGAAACUGAACUACAUACAAAAGAUAGAAGGAUCUCCUCACUCAUCACAGAUGACAGCCAGGAAGGACAGGUCUCAGAUGAACAUAAAGAACUGGCCCCUGAUGAAGAAAAAGAUCUAAUUACAUCAGACACAGCAGAUUUUCAAAAUCUGAGUCCUCAAGCCACCUCUGAAAAGCCACAGAGUCUUGAGUUCCUAAAUGACUUUGAAAGCAAAACUGUGGAACCCUAACAGAUCAAAUCGGAUGGAAUACAUAAUUACUUGGUAGCAUAAUAAAUAUAGAAAGAAUUUAUAUGAAUGUUUAUAUUUAAGGAAAAAUAAUUUGAAAGAUUUAUAUCAGUCUUAGAUAAUACCAUGCAAGGCAAUUAAAUCACUGUGACAGCACAAAGGUCAAAGUUCAGUUAUUUUGCAUUACUGUAUCCACUCAUGUUCAUUUAAUAAUAAUUGGAUUUUUC